UCUAACUAAGCCAAUGGAGAAAGGAAAGAGGAGAAGAAUGGAGAGAAGAGCUGCUGAUUUCUCCAAGACCCAUGACCAGAUUCCCUCUUCCUUCUUCAAGAUCAUGCUUGGAGACUUCAAACGUUUUCUGCACAUUCCUCUGAAACUCACGAAGACAAUUGGAUGCUCGGAUAAGCAAACCGUGAUUCUCAGAGAUUCAACUGGUCAAUCUUGGAGGGUCAAGUUAUCUGUGGUCGACGGCCGCUUGGCUUUUUGUGAAGGGUGGGAUGAUUUUGUGCUUGAUCACUCUAUAAAUUAUGGGCAGUUUAUAGUGCUCAAGUUGAUAGAGAAAUUUGUAUUUAGAGUCCGAAUCUUUGGUUUGAGCACUUGUGAGAUUAUAGACUUUGAUGAGAAAAGAAACACAAAGAGGACUGGAAUUAAAAGAAAGACAACUGAGAAAACAUUUGGAGAUUCAGGAUUUGGAAGCAAAAUUGACAAAGCAGGGAAAGAAAAGGCUUCUGCUUGUAACUUGAAAGUGCUGAAAACAAAUGACAAAGGUUUAGAGCAUGUGGGUAAAAUUUACACCAACAAAGUCAGUCCUAUUGUGAAUGAGAAAAGAAACAACAAGAGUACUGGAGUCAAAAGAAAGGUAACUGACAAGACUUUGGAAGUUUAUGGGCUAGGAUGCAAAACUGACAAUCGUCAUGCACUGAAGAAAGUAAGUGAAGAAAAAACUUCUACAAGUAACUUGAAAGUGCAGAAAACAAUUGAGAAAAGUUCCGGGCAUGUUAAUAACACAGUUAGCCAUGUUGUCAUCAGCAAAAGUUCUGAAGAACAUUUGGCUGCCACUAAAAUCCCUCUUCCUCUAACUGAAAUGCCUUGUGAUAUUGCAAAGAAAUUGGGUGGAGAUGAAACCAACGCAAUGUAUUCUUCAGAAAAAAGCUAUUCUUGGGAUACUUUGGAGGAUGCUAUUGCUUUAGAGGUGGUCAAUCGCAAAUUUCUUCUUACCGAAAGUGGUGUGUGCCACAUUGUUGAUGAGAAUAUAGAGAAACCCGUGAUAGAUCUUACAGCAGACGAAAGCAAAAACUAUAGAUUAAGGUCGAUGAAGAUUGACAAGAAGCCUCAAGGCAAUAAAAAAAUAGAGAAACCUGCAAUAGAUCUCACAGAAUAUGAAAGCAGAAACUAUAGAUUAAGGUCUUCGAAGAUUGGUGAGAAGUCUCAAGGCAAUGAAAAUAUAGAGAAACUCGUAAUAGAUCUCAAAGAAGAUGAAAGCAGUGAAGAUGAAACCAACGCAAUGUAUACUUCAGAAAAAAGCUAUUCUUGGGAUACUUUGGAGGAUGCUAUUGCUUUAGAGGUGGUCAAUCGCAAAUUUCUUCUUACCGAAAAUGGUGUGUGCCACAUUGUUGAUGAGAAUAUAGAGAAACCCGUGAUAGAUCUUACAGCAGAUGAAAGCAAAAACUAUAGAUUAAGGUCGAUGAAGAUUGACAAGAAGCCUCAAGGCAAUAAAAAAAUAGAGAAACCUGCAAUAGAUCUCACAGAAUAUGAAAGCAGAAACUAUAGAUUAAGGUCUUCGAAGAUUGGUGAGAAGUCUCAAGGCAAUGAAAAUAUAGAGAAACUCGUAAUAGAUCUCAAAGAAGAUGAAAGCAGAAACUUUAGAUUAAAGUCUUCAAAGAGUGGUAAAAAGUAUCUAUGCAAAGGAAUUCCUUGCAAGGCGAGAACUCAGGAUCAUCACAACCAUUCUUAUAACAUGCACAGAUAUUGUCUCCGAUCUGGAAUUCUUUGCAAGGCGAGAACUCAGGAUCAUCAUAACCAUUCUUAUAACAUGCACAGAUAUUGUCUCCGAUCUGGUUAUGCCAGGAAAAAUUCCAUUUAAAUUUGAAAGAACGAUCCAUGACGAGCUUCGCGAUUAAUCCUUGAGACUUUGAAGUGGGUAACGUUUUGUCACAGCAAACGAACUUCCGAAGAGAUCUUGUUAGAUCAGGUCUCGACAUCAGUAUUUAUGCUCUUAAGCGCAGAUCUUUAGAGCUGCUGCUGCUUCUUUUUUUUCCCCUUUUUGUGCGCGAGUUAUCUAAGACUCCGUAGUUUGUAUGUAUAUAUGAACUUUUCUUCUGAUAUCAUGCCGUGCAAAUACUGAAGACAUCCAGGACUCAGAUAAUAUUGUCUACGUAAGGAGUUUCUUUUGCCUUCAUAUACUUGUACUAGUUACU